CUGGGACUAUCCCCUUCAAGUCACCGCCCACUUUGCGCUCUUAACUGGAGGGACGGCUCACGCAUCAGGUAUUAUGCAUAAUUUCAUAAUUACCCCUCUUAGAUCAACGACUCACAGCCCUACUGCGAAAAUUUGGUAGGCAAAAGAUUUCGCUUCAAGUCUGCAUUGCUUGAGGGGCAGCCAGCGCAUUCGUUUUGAGCAUCUGCUGGAUGAAGAUUACAUAGAAGACAUCGGCGGGAGUGUACUAAAAAGCGCAUUGCGAUGCUGGACCAACCAUGGAGAUUGAAAAUACAACAAAACGAGUGUUGCAGUCGUAGCCUAAUAAUAUUAAGGUAGAAUGGUGUUGCUAGCGUGCAACUUCAGACACUGUCACAGUCCGCUACAAGGCCGACCUGCCUCCGCAACCUAACGAUUUCAAACUAACGGUGCUGCCGACCCGGGGAGAGAUACCGACGUUAUAGGCUACGUGACUCAACCCCAAGCUGCCACUACACACACCUGCGGUGGACUUUGGGCCUCUAAAGCGGUACCCAGCUCGUGCAUAAUUCUGAGACUGUACAGGAGGCAACGAAUCCACACCAUAACUGCGGAUAAAGGCUGUGCUCUCGUUUCAUUUUUAGGGGUCUGUUUUCUUGCAACUCUGCGCAAAAGAUUCAUGCAAGGUUGAGCUAGUGUGACUGCAGUGCCAUCUGUUUACCCUUUUCUCCAUCAUCUCCAAAGAAGGCUCGUUGACUUGCUCAUUGACUGUUUGAAAAGGUCUUGAUCUUUGCUUGUUUGACGGCGUGGAUUUGGAGUACCGGACUAGACAAUGCCGGCUGUGUCUUCCACUCUUCCUUGCUCUCGGACAGCUCACUGUUCUCAUGGCAUGGUUCUACUUCCACAACAGCCAUAGAGGGAACUGUCUGAUCUUUAGGUACAAGACAUCAUAGCGAUUGGAUGGAAGGAAAAGAUCUGCAGCUUCUACCAGAAACCCUACUGACACUUCCAUCAAAAGCUUAAGCUGUACCAAGUUAAAGUAUUAACAACUUUGAAGCUUAACCCAAGCACUAAGACCAAGGAUUUCUGGUCUGAGAUUUCUCUUGCAAUCACCCAUAAGCACACUAUUUGUAUUUCUUGCUUUGCUGCCAUGCGUCCCUCACUUGCUACAGCGGUCCUUCCCAGGACCCGUAACCAACCCCACACAGCCCACUCGCACCCCACACAUGGACUGUCUGCACACGUGGGGCGGGAGCACCUGUCAGCGCCACGGAGGCGAAGCCCGCACCUUCGUCACACGCUCAGCCCGGAGAACCUGCGAAGCCUGGCCGAGCGUGGCGGUGCCCCCGGUGACACAGCAUCUGUGGUGAGCAGCCCCAUGGGCCUCCCGAGGGCCAACAGUGACACCGACCUGGUGACAUCACAGAGCCGCUCAUCUCUGACGGCGUCCACGCUGGAGUUCACCCUGGGAAGGGGACAGAACCUGGUUAUCUCCUGGGACAUCAAGGAGGAGGUAGACGCAACUGACUGGAUCGGCCUCUACCACAUAGAUGAGACCAGCCCGUCUAAUGUGUGGGACUGUAAGAACCGUGGGGUGAACGGGACACAGAGGGGCCAGAUUGUCUGGAGGCUGGAGCCUGGGCCUUACUUCAUGGACGCUGAGACCAAGAUCUGCUUCAAGUACUACCAUGGUGUCAGCGGAGCCCUGAGAGCAACUACCCCCUGCAUCACCGUGAAGAACCCUGGAGUUCUGGGAGAAGGUCAAAGUGACGGACAGUCAUCCACAGACCAUCCUCGUAAACUAAUCAGCUUUACUUUGACAGACAUGCGUGCAGUGGGGCUGAAGAAGGGCAUGUUCUUCAACCCGGAUCCCUACCUUAAGAUGUCCAUCCACCCUGGAAAGAGGAGCGGCUUCCCCACCUACAGCCACCAUGGACAGGAGAGACGCUCUGCCAUUAUCGCCAACACUACCAACCCUGUUUGGCACGGAGAGAAAUACACUUUUGUAGCGCUGAUGACAGACAUAUUGAACAUUGAGGUGAAGGACAAGUUUGCCAAAAGUCGACCAAUCAUCAAGCGUUUCCUUGGUCAGCUAACCAUUCCUGUUCAGAGGCUGAUUGAGAAGAUACCUGGUGUCCAGCCUCUGAGCUUCUCUCUGUGUCGGAGGUUGCCUACUGAACAUGUGAGUGGCCAGAUGCAGUUCAAAGUGGAGCUCACGUCCACUGGACCCGAUGGGGCCUCACCGGAUUCUAUCAUUGGAGUGUCUCAUAACGGAGCCCCAGGGACUCCAUCAGAUGAUGAGGAUCUGCCCCACCCACUACCGGGGGUGGUCUUGGCUGGAGGAACCUCUCCCACUGGCUCUCUCGGCUCACAGCGGUCAUGGGAAGGCGGGGCCACAGCUUAUCCUGUCCCAGACUAUAGGGAUUCUAGCGGAACAGAGGGUGGGACAACAGAAGGUGAAUCCUCCUUUGGCCCUGAGCGGCUGCAGCGGAUGCAGAGGUCCCUGAGCGAAGGCCUGGAUGCCAUCGAGGCCCCUAAGGGCCCUGGAGAUAGGCCACUGGGUGCUGCCUCCCCAAAGCUACGCUCUAGCUUUCCCACUCACACGCGCCUCAGUGCCAUGUUGCACAUCGACUCAGACGAAGACGAGGAGCGAUCGGGGCCCACUGACAUCUACGCAACGCCUGGGUCCCCUCUGCUGCUCAACGGAGGUCCCCAGGGAUCCGAGGGCCCUGAAGAAGAAGACGUGUUUCCAGAGCUACAGCAGGACCCAGACCCUGAUGAGCCAGAGCCCAGACUGGAAGGUGAUGUACAGGAGGGGGUACUGGGAGAAGAGGGUGCAUCUGGUGUCGACGCCAGUGUGAUUCCUGAGUUAGGCCUUGCCCUCGACUUGGAGGACGCCUCAGAGCCAGAUGUUUUCUCAGAGGUGGAGGAAGUUCCUUUUUUCUCUGAGGCUCUGUCCCAGAACCUUUUGGCUGAGGGCCUGGAGGGGCCACAGGAGGGUCAGGGGCCCACUGACGAUCCCUCGUCAGAAAUUGACACCUGCUCCAUGGCAACAGCCCCACAGACAGUCUUCUCUUCUUCAGAGAGUUGCCCAAUCAUAGUGUCUACGCCUCAGGAAGCAGAGGAGGGGGCAGAAGCUGCCAUUGACCCAGGGGGGGGCACCAUCACUGACAAUCCACCCACCACUCAGCAUGUCGACGAUGAGGGGGGUGGGCGGAUGUCAGUCAGCGAGGUUGAAGAAGACGCACCGUCAGCCUGUGAGCUGGAGCCCGGGGAGGAGAUUGGGGAGGAGAUUAUGGAACAGAGGCGGAGCUGGCAGGCUUCUGGGGGCAUGUCCAGUGAUGAUGUGAUGGAGGAGCCCAAGCCUGCGGGGGAGGAGGGAUCUGUGGAUUCAGAUGCAGUGGCUACAGAGACAGAUGGAGAAGACGGUGUUCAAGUGAACUGUCACCCUGUACACUCCCUCCCUUCAGUACGCCAUGAUAUCCACAGAUACCAGCGAGUGGAUGAACCCUUACCUCCAAACUGGGAGGCAAGAAUCGAUAGUCAUGGUCGUAUUUUCUUUGUGGAUCACGUGAACCGGACCACCACGUGGCAGCGCCCAACUGGACCCCCUGCCCCCCAGGGCCUUACCCGCUCCAACUCCAUUCAACAGAUGGAGCAGCUCAACCGCAGGUAUCAGAGUAUCAGGAGGACAAUGACCAAUGACAGGCCAGAAGAGAACAGAGUUGAACUCCCGCCAGAACCCAUGGAGAGUGACCUUUUGCCACAGACCAUCCCUGAGUACAGGAGAGAUAGCGUGGUUGGUCACUCCAGUUCCCGGUCACGUCUGUCUCUACUCCUCCAGUCACCCAGUGCAAAGUUCCUGUGCAGCCCAGACUUCUUCACUGUGCUGCAUUCUAACCCUAGUGCCUAUCGCAUGUUUACGAGCAACACCUGCCUGAAGCACAUGAUCAGUAAAGUGCGUCGGGACGCCCACCACUAUGAGCGUUACCAGCAUAAUCGGGACUUGGUGACCUUCCUCAACAUGUUCUCCAACAAACAGCUGGAGUUACCCAGGGGCUGGGAGAUGAAGCAUGACCAGACUGGAAAGCCCUUCUUCGUGGAUCAUAACUGUCGUACCACAACUUUCAUCGAUCCGCGGCUCCCCCUCCAGAGUGCACGCUCCACUGGCCUUCUGGCCCACCGCCAGCACCUGAGUCGCCAACGGAGCCACAGUGCAGGCGAGGUGGUAGAUGAUACACGACACUCCAGCCCACCUGUCAUGCCCCGUCCCUCCAGCACCUUCAGUGGUUCCACUCGUACUCAGUACCAGGACUUGGUGCCUGUGGCCUACAAUGACAAGAUUGUGGCAUUUUUACGACAACCAAACAUUAUCGAGAUUUUGCAGGAAAGGCAGCCAGAGCUCAUCCGAAAUCAUUCACUUAAGGAAAGGCUACAGUUCAUUCGCAGUGAGGGUGUUUCUGGGCUUGCUCGUCUAUCCAGCGAUGCUGAUCUAGUAAUUUUGCUAAGCCUGUUUGAAGAGGAGGUGAUGACCUAUGUUCCACCUGCUGCCCUACUGCAUCCUAGUUACUGCUCCUCCCCUCAGAGCUCCCCCGGUACUCAGCGAGCUAAUGCACGUGCCCCUGCCCCGUACAAACGGGACUUUGAAGCCAAACUGAGAAACUUCUACCGCAAGCUGGAGACAAAGGGUUACGGCCAGGGACCUGGGAAGGUCAAAUUGAUAAUUCGUAGAGAUCACUUAUUGGAGGAUGCCUUCAAUCAGAUCAUGUGCUACUCCCGUAAAGACCUCCAGAGGAGCAAACUAUACGUCAGCUUUGUGGGCGAAGAGGGGCUGGACUACAGCGGCCCAUCAAGGGAGUUCUUCUUCCUGGUGUCAAGGGAGUUGUUUAACCCUUACUAUGGCCUGUUUGAGUACUCGGCCAAUGACACCUACACCGUGCAGAUCAGCCCCAUGUCUGCUUUCGUGGACAACCAUCAUGAGUGGUUUCGUUUCAGUGGCCGUAUCCUGGGCCUGGCUCUGAUUCACCAAUAUCUGCUGGAUGCCUUCUUUACCCGCCCUUUCUACAAGGGCCUGCUGCGCAUCCCAUGUGACCUGAGUGACCUGGAGUUCCUAGACGAGGAGUUCCACCAGAGUUUACAGUGGAUGAAAGACAAUGACAUCGAAGACAUGUUGGACCUCACUUUCACUGUCAACGAGGAGGUCUUUGGACAGAUCACAGAGAGAGAGCUGAAACCAGGCGGGGCAGGCAUUCCAGUUUCAGAGAAGAACAAGAAGGAGUACAUUGAGCGCAUGGUUAAGUGGCGCAUUGAAAGGGGUGUAGCUCAGCAGACAGAGAGCCUGGUCCGAGGCUUCUAUGAGGUUGUGGAUGUGCGGCUGGUGUCUGUGUUUGAUGCCCGGGAACUGGAGCUGGUGAUUGCCGGCACAGCUGAGAUUGACCUGGCAGACUGGAGGACCAACACUGAAUACAGAGGAGGAUACCAUGACAACCACAUAGUCAUCCGCUGGUUCUGGGCGGCGGUGGAAAGGUUCAACAAUGAGCAGAGACUGAGGCUGCUACAGUUUGUGACUGGUACUUCCAGUAUUCCCUAUGAGGGCUUUGCCUCCCUAAGAGGAAGCAAUGGACCACGCAGGUUCUGCGUAGAGAAAUGGGGGAAAAUUACCUCUUUACCCAGGGCUCACACAUGUUUUAACCGUCUGGACCUCCCACCGUACCCAUCGUUCUCAAUGCUCUAUGAGAAGAUGUUGACGGCCGUGGAGGAAACCAGCACCUUCGGCCUGGAGUAACUACUCCAAAAUGGCCACCAAAGCCAGGAGUAAAAAAUCCAGCUGCCUGAAACGAGGCACUACUCGCAUUCUCAAUUAAACUGAAUAGUCAACUACCAGAAAUAAUUGUUGUGAAGAAACAAUCACCCCUUUUGGCUUGGCUAUACGUCCCUUCACCAUGACCCCACUCUUCCUGGAAUAACGUUACUGUAAUAUUACCUGCACUAAUUCUCUCCAUUGGAUUCCUGUGUGGAAUGUUCCACAUCCACACUAGUGCUUUAUUUCAUAUGCGUUUAAUGGCCUUGGUUACUGUAUCUCCAGUCCUUUUUCUUCCUCCAAGGACUCAGUCUGCACUGUAAGCCCAGAGAGACCUCUUCCUAAUCCCUAAUUCUUCCUCAUGGAGUGACCCUGUGCUUUGGACCUCAGAACUGUGUCAUUUGCAUCUCUGGGGCUGAAGACAACAUUAAUACAA